AUCUUUGCUGUGAUUUUGGUCUCAUGAAUUUUGAUGUGACUUCAAUUGAUUGCCGUGGUUUUAACCCCUUUUUUUUUAAUCGAUUUCUCAAUAAAUUUUGCUGCUAGGGUUUCGAAAUGCGGACAAGUGAUCUUGAUCAAGAAUAUACGAAGAUGCAACGGAUUCCAUCUUUGGUAUCACUGUGUGUGAGAGCAGUGGCAAUGGAAAUUAUUGAUGAUGGUCAUUUUGAGGGUGUUAUUGAGCUUCCGGAUGAAUUGCUUGAUAGCUUGAUGAUGAACUUGCCUCCAUUGGCACUGCAAGGCCUACAUGAACAUUAUGUUUGUAGCAGUAGAUCAUUCCACUCCAAAAGUGUCAAUGGUGGGAACAAACGGCAGAGGUUUGAUGCCAAGUAUGAAGGUUUUGAUGGAGUAUGGAAGGCACUGUUUAAAGAAAGGUGGCCUGAGAACUUCAAGAGGGUUGAACUGAUUAACAAAGUAGAUGGUGCUGGCUCAUCUGUUGACCAUGAGAAUGAUUGGCAGCAGCUUUAUUGGGAAACCCACCUACAAAAUUGCUUGGAUGAAGCUGCAGAGAGAGCAAUGCUUCCUGCUUUUGAUGGGCCAUAUUGGGGAAUUGUCAAUAUCUGUAUUCUGAAUUCAAUUGGUUAUAGUGCAACUAAAGCUGAUAGCUGUUCGAAGUUGCGUACGUUGUGGUUCCACUGUAAUAAAUUUGGUCGUUAUGCCAGAUGUUUGAGACUUUCAAAUGUGCUAUGUAUUCCAGAAAUAUCUGGUUUAUUGGUGACUAGCAAUUUGAGAGCUAUGGUUUUUCGAAGUAUAAAAUGCAAAAGUCAUGUUGAUGGAGUUUGUGAUCUUCUCAGGCAGAACAGGGAUACACUGAAAUCUCUUGAGUUUGUUCAUUGCCGUUUUUCUUCCACUAGUUUCAGUCAGAUAUGCAGUUGUAUAUUUUUGGAAGCUGAACCUCAUGGAAUCAAAUCCUUCUCUAUCAAAUCCUCUUCUGUUGCUGAUGGCAAGAAAUCUUCUCUGCCUGCUGAUUUUGUAUCGUUUCUGUCAUCUGGAAGGUCCUUGGAAUCAAUACAUCUGUCAGAUACUAGCAUAGGGUCAAAAUGUGCAAAAUGGAUCUUGGAUACUCUUCUCAAGUCUUCUUUGAAUUUGAUCACCCUGGAGAUAUCAGACAAUGAUAUAAGAGGUUGGCUUUCUAAAGUUGAUAGGAGGCCAGGAGAAUGCUCUUCACUAUUAGGGCCAAAGUUGUCCUUGAAGUCUUUGAGUAUUCUCAAUCUAAGGGGCUGCAACUUGUGCCAGGAUGAUGCAGAAGAUCUAAAUUAUGUGUUGAUUCACAUGCCGAACCUCACAAGUUUAGAUUUGAGUGACAAUCCUUUGGAGGAUGAAGGAAUUAGGAGCCUGAUCCCGUACUUUGUCAAAGCUUUUGAGAAAGCCUCCCCUAUUUCAGAUGUUUAUCUUCAGAAUUGCAGUCUUUCAUGCAAGGGAGUGACUGAAUUUUUAGAAAGCUCACAAACUUUGAGGGAACCUCUGAAUAGUCUAUCUGUUGCAGAGAAUAACCUUUCCAGUUCUGUGGCUGCACCAUUGGCUAUAUUUUUAGGUUCCCCAGGUGUGAAAGCCCUCAAUAUUGAAGCCAUAGGAUUGGAACCAUUGGGAUUCCAAGAACUUGAAAAAAAGAUGCCCAAGGAUGUGCCGCUUGUUCGCAUCAACAUGAGUAAAAAUCGUGGUGGGAGUGAUUGUGCAUCUUUUAUCUCUAAACUCAUCAUGCAAGCUCCAGAUCUUGUUGUAGUGGAUGCAGGAUAUAAUUUUAUUCUCCCUGAAGCAUUGAUGACAGUUCAUGAUGCACUUAAUCUUUCAACAAGGAAACUGCGGCGAUUAGACUUAACGGGAAAUAUUCGCUUAUCUCACUCAGUGCAUGCAUUCAAGCUUUUGGAAUAUCAUGUUCAUGGGAAGCCCAUAGUGAUCAUUCCUUCAGGGCUACCCUCAAGUGUCCCUUAUGAUGAUGACCCUUAGCAGGGUGACAUCCAGGCUUUUGGAGGUCAACGAAAACCAGAAAUAGAAAGAAGUAUCUGCACAUGUGAUGUUUAUGACAAGUGGAAGUUAUGAGUAGAAAAAUUGAAUUGGACUCCUACAUAUGACAAACAAUUUAUCUGUUAGUCUGGAAACCCUGAAUUUUCUCUGGAGGUUGCACUAUCCCCAAGCCAGCUCUCCUUCACAGUGUGGCAAAGAAGAAUCUGCAACCAAGUGGAGAUUGAUUGAUAAAAUGGUGAGCAGAUGGUGCCCUUUGUUUGUCAUCAACCACACCAACCACUUCACAGUCCAAAAACCAAAUGUGCCCUCUUAACAACCAGAAACAGGACAAUGGCCAAAACUUUGCUGAACCGUCACAGAAUAAUAGUAUAUACCCAUCCGGCUUCAAACAACUUAAUCAUGUAUUGAUGGGGAAUGAUUCUUCAAGUAUGUAUUAGGCCCACUUAAAAGUGGCUUUCAGAGUCCUUACCUUAUCCUUGCAAGAAUGGCUUCAGAAACUGGUUUUAGGAUAUCAGCCACGCCAACCAAAUUGAUGCUUAUACAUCAACCACUAAAGGAAUGGAUUAAUUAAUUCUCAUGCUGAACUUAAUUAAGAACUUGUGGAGACCAUCUAUGUGGGUAAACAUUUGUGGAUCUUAUAGUCUAAAUCAUGAUACUCACUUUCCUGUCAUAUGAAGUCAUAAAAUUUUAGUUGUGUUAAAACAGAACUAUUAUGAAUAUUAAUGGGCUUUUGCAUA